UGUUCCUUCCGCCUUUGACUGCGCGACGGCGCUUGGUGGCUAACCACUACCCAAACUGCAGAGCCGAGAAUCCUCAUCAUCAGCAGCUUGCCAUCGUGCAACCAUCGAUUUUCUUCUUUCUGAGGAUUUUUUAAAAUGGACGUGAGAGCACGGCACCGCAAAGAUGAUGCUGUUUCAAAAUUACGAUACUAAGUAGAGAACAGACUGGAAGGUACUGUUGGGAGGUCGGCCCUCGCACUCAUAUACACUGGUUCCAUAGCAGCGCGGUCAUACCUACACCGGCAAGCAAUGCACGCGCACUGCAACCAGGCAGGCGCUUGGGAUGUUUAGGUGAUGUAGAACGAGAGGUUCCCUCCCUGCUCGUGUACGACAACACGCCAAUCAUGGCCGUAUAUAUACACCUAAUACACACAAGUGAAGUACACAACAAACGGUUUACAAGAUGAUGACCGAACUUAAAUCCGACUCCAUCCGGGUCAUUCCCAGAUCCCCGCGCUGUAGCACGGCCGAUAAUUUACUCAGACUUACUCUCAAGGACCACUAUGACGUCACAAAGGAGCUCGGGAGGGGCACAUACGGCCAGGUGCUUUUCGCAAAAUGUAAAGAAACAGGAAAAAACGUUGCAUUAAAAGUUCUGCCAAAGAGCAAUACCAAGUUACGCGAGUUUGAGCGGGAAUUUCGCUUCAGCUACUUCCUUUCACCACAUAGCAAUGUUGUUGACACGUACAAUGUGGCAUUUGAGACCAGAACAGCCUUUGUGUUUGCACAGGAAUAUGCCCCGUACGGUGAUUUAUUUGAGAAAAUUCCUCCGCAGCAAGGAAUGGCGGAAAAGGACGUGAAAAACGUCAUCAAACAGGUUUCAGCCGCUCUUGACUUCAUGCACAGUAACGAUCUCGUCCACAGGGAUAUCAAACCUGAAAAUAUUCUUAUUUUCGAGAAAGACUUCAGCAAAGUAAAGCUAACUGACUUUGGUAUGACGCGGAAAGAGGGACUUGUUUUACGCAAGGUGAAUGGAAGCAUACCCUACACUCCACCGGAAGUGUGCGAAGCGGUUAAAAACGAAAGCAUAACGGUGACCUCCAUUGGUGACGUGUGGGCGUUUGGCGUGUUAUUAUUCUGCAUGUUGACAGGUAAUUUUCCGUGGGAAAACGCAGAAAUAAGCGAUAUAUAUUAUAAUGAAUUUUCUCUGUGGCAAAAACGGAAAUGUACAAAAAUUCCAUCCCAAUGGAGAAAAUUUACGCCAAGAAUUCUCAGAUUCUUCCGUAAAACAUUGGAAAGUAAAGUGGAAAGGAGGUGUAAUGUGAAAGAAGUAAAGAAAUACCUUAGUGACACAUGGCUUAAACCAUCUGCCCCAUCAAUAGCGGAAGGGGCGGAGGAAGAGGACAUUGCCGCCGAAGUCGAGCAAAACAAUCAGCUUACUUCCAUUCUACAGAGCCACGGCAUCGACACAAAGUUUGACAAACGACUCCGCGAGCGCCGAAUCUCAGAAUGGCUUUUGGCUCUUUGAAACGGACGCUACCGAGAUAUUUGCUCGCCCUGUAAUGGAGUCCGGUACUGACGUCAUCAAAAGUGUUUGUUCGUCCUAUACAGAUGUUAUAGAAGGCGUCUGGUCGUCCUGUGAUACGGACGCUAGCAAGAUAGAUGAUCACCUUAUGAUAUGAAGAUAUGGAGUUUUAUGGCCCUUUGCUACGGACACUACAAGGUUAUGUGACUAAUUAUAAGACAACAGCUUACAAGGUGUCUGUUCGUGCGAUACAAUGUGACAUUGAUGUAGGUCACAAGCCCAAAAGGCAGGGAAGCUUAUGUCGUGGUAUUACGUCCGUCGUAUGUCACAAAGGUGUCCGAUCUUCCUGUUCAGUUCAGGUUACAGUCCGGCGUUACAAAGGUGUCCGAUCCUCCUGUUCAGUUAAGGUUACAGUCGGCCGUUACAAAGGUGUCCGAUCCUCCUGUUCAGUUCAGGAUACAGUCGGGCGUUACAAUGGUGUCCGAUCCUACUGUUCAGUUCAGGUUACAGUCGGGCGUUACAAAGGUGUCCGAUCCUACUGUUCAGUUCAGGUUACAGUCGGGCGUUACAAAGGGGUCCGAUCCUCCUGUUCAGUUCAGGUUACAGUCCGGCGUUACAAAGGUGUCAGAUCCUCCUGUUCAGUUCAGGUUACAGUCCGGCGUUACAAAGGUGUCAGAUCCUCCUGUUCAGUUCAGGUUACAGUCCGGCGUUUCAAAGGUGUCCGAUCCUCCUGUUCAGUUCAGGUUAGUCGGGCGUUACAAAGGUGUCCGAUCCUCCCGUUCAGUUC